AUGCCUUCACCGGACGACAGUUCGGAUCACUACCGUCGUUGUGACGCUGCUGUUCCUAUCGAUACAUUUCUGGUUGAGAAUGAGAAUCAUAAACAAGGGAGGGUCAUUCCUGUUUCACGUGAAAGCACUGAUGAAAAGCCACCGAACGAGAAAUUCAGUGAAAACCAUCCAUACGAAUCGACAUCAGGAAAUCUACUGCUUUUUGCACAGUUAUGUUCACUUAGUAAACGAAAAAGGUCCCUAUAUGGAUGCUAUCAUCUGUGUGGGCAGCCAAAGAGAGCUAACGUCGCGAUCAUGUAA